AUGUCAUUACUCCACGAUCCUACCGUUGUGCGCACUCAGUGCAAUAGUAAAUCCAAGCGUCGUCCAACUCAGGAUGCGAUUCGAGGCGCGAGCGGCGGGUCUCGGCGUUCACUGCUCAAGUCCAUCUCAGUCCCCUCUCUGUCAUCCGUUGUCAAGAGCUCUUUGACAUGGGCUGGAGAUACAUUGAACUGCCGCAGAGAUGGCGUAUGUGCCGAGCAAUCCAAAGCGCGCAUUGACAUAGAAGACAGGAAACAGGUUCUUUACUUGAAAAAGCGGAAUGCAGUGACAUAUGACGAGUGGCGGAUUUGUGCUAGCGAAUUGGAUGACCUGGAAGAGCACACCAUCUGGAAGCAAACCCUCGACUCACCUGACUACGACGUCCGUCUGGUCCAAGAACGUCUUCAGCAGCUGGAAGACGCCCGCAUCAGUUGUGAUGUCAGCCGGAUGCUGUUCCUAGUCCGUACGUCUUUGAGUCGCGACUUGGGAAACAUGAGUAAUGCCUCGCUUUAUCGGUACUCCCACCUGGGCACGAAAGAUUUGAUAGACAAGUAUAUCACCACCGCUCUAGACACAAUAUCCUCGCUGGUCGAGUUAUCGGGGCAGAAUCGGUGUGAUGGUCUAGAAACCAAGUAUAUACUCGAUCAAUUACUUGCAGCGAGACAGGCAUUCGGGCGCAGUGCGUUGCUGUUCUCGGGUGGUGCGACCUUCGGCAUGAACCAUAUCGGCGUGCUGAAAGCUCUUUACGAAGCGAAACUCUUACCUCGAAUUAUCUCGGGUGCUUCAGCUGGCAGCAUUGUGUGCGCAGUGUUCUGCACACGGACCGAGGACGAGCUUCCGGCCCUUUUGGAAUCCUAUGCAUAUGGCGAUUUUGCAGUCUUUGGCGAAGAGAGUGACACAGAUAAUAUACUGCAGAAGACAGCACGGUUCCUCAAGUAUGGUUCAUUUCUGGAUAUAUCACAUCUGGCCAAACUCAUGAGAAGCUGGCUUGGCGAUAUUACAUUUCAGGAAGCAUACAAUCGAACACGACGAAUACUCAAUAUUUGCGUCUCUAGUGCGGGGGUCUACGAACUUCCCAAGUUGUUGAACUAUAUCACUGCUCCGAGCGUGUUGAUCUGGUCUGCUACUAACCUCAAUAGUGCUGUUUCCUGCUCAGUGCCUUUAGUCUUUUCACCAUCCGAGCUCAUGGCUAAAGAUCCUCUGACCGGAGAGCCGGCGCCCUGGCACGACUUACACAAACAGUAUAUCGAUGGAUCGGUGGAUGGCGACCUGCCAAUGAAUCGGCUUUCGGAGAUGUUCAAUGUCAAUCAUUUUAUCGUCUCGCAGGUCAAUCCACAUGUCGUCCCAUUCUUGCCGAAGGACGAUGGUCCACCUCAGCGUGGAAAAACGUCCUUCAAUGCCCCACAGUGGCUUCAUACUGCCACUCAUCUGGCGAAAGACGAAAUAAUGUAUCGCUUGACAGUUCUCUCCGAAAUGGGAAUUUGUCCAACAGCUUUGACGAAGACCAUGUCUAUUGUGAACCAAAAAUAUUCCGGUGAUAUCAAUAUCUAUCCGAAAAUACUGUAUAGCAAUUUCCCGGUGAUGCUGAGGAACCCGACAACCGAGUUCAUGCUUCAAGCAUGCCUGAGUGGUGAACGUGCAACGUGGCCCAAGCUCGGGCGCAUUCGAAACCAUUGCGCCAUUGAAUUGGCCUUGGAUAUAGCAGUACAGAAAAUGCGAGCACGGGUGGCAUUUUGUCCUACCAAACUCGGCGUCCGGUCAGAUAAUAGUCUCAACAGCUACUCGCUCGAGUCGCUAGAUAGCAGUGGUGGCCGUGGGCGCAUGCUGAAUAGACGAAGCUCGUACAACCAUGAAUUGGAACGAAGAAAGUCCGCCAAACAUCACAAUACCCGCCCAAACACCCCACACUUGCCGAGGUCUCGAAGCGUCUUCUUAUCCGAUCAAUCACAGAGCAUUGCCUCCGUGGCCUCUGCUUGUGGGGAUCACGAUUAUCAGCAACGCACGCAAGAGGAGCGGGAGGACUCCUCCAAUACUGGUGACGAACCUUCUUCCAUGGAAUCUGACACCGAGGAAGAAACACAGACUCUGUCUCCCAAACGGCCGCCGAUGAGCAGCACUUGGCGAACCUGGGAGCCAUGCUCUCAAGAUCACCCUUAUUCUUGGAUGGCUCUCAAAAGUGAUUCAUUAUCCUCACAAUUGACGCCGGGUUCCUCGUCGUCCUCCGGCCAAUCUGUGCGAUCGCCACUUCAAGGGUUUGCCACUCGUUCUCCGGAAUAUGUAUCGUGUGGUAUGCACGAGACGUCAUUAUCACCUUCCCGCCAACUGCUGCGAAUGACACCAACGACCCAUGCCAAAAACCCCAGCAGGUCCUCUUUGACACUUUAA